CUGUGACUUUUGAUCUGAUCUCACACUGUUAUUCAAACAGCAGCACUGCCAACAAAAUGCUGGGACACGUGCAUGAAGCUGUUACUUUGAAUGAGUUGCCUCAAGUGCAAGAAUGCCAACUUUAGACGACAUUUUAGAGCAUAUUGGAGAGUUUGACUUAUAUCAGAAAAGGGCUUUUUUUGUCCUGUGUUUGCUCUCUGCUGCUUUCACACCCAUCUAUGUAGGCAUUGUCUUUCUAGGUUUUAUACCAGAGCACCAUUGCUGGAGUCCCGGGGUUGCUGAGUUAGGGCACAGAUGUGGCUGGAGUCUGGAAGAGGAGCUGAAUUACACAUUGCCAGCUCGAGGAACCCAUGGAGAUGCUUUUGCUAAUCAGUGCAAGAGAUAUGAUGUGGACUGGAAUGUAACUGAGUUGAGCUGCACAGAACCAAUUGAUUUUUUCACCACUUACAGGAAUAAAAGCAGUAUCCCGCUCAUUCCCUGUCAAGAUGGCUGGCAUUAUGAUUUCUCAGGAUCAUCUAUUGUGACUGAGUUUAAUCUGGUGUGUGAGGAUGCCUGGAAACUGGAUCUGUUUCAGUCAUGUGUGAAUAUAGGAUUUUUUGUAGGUUCUAUAAGCAUCGGAUACAUGGCAGACAGGUUUGGACGUAAACUGUGCCUGUUAAUCACCAUCCUUAUCAAUUCCAUCUCUGGUGUUCUCAUGGCUGUUGCACCCAGCUAUAUUUGGGUGGUAAUCUUCCGGCUGAUACAAGGACUAGUCAGCAAAGGGGGCUGGUUAACAGGCUACAUCCUGAUCACAGAAUUUGUUGGCUUGAACUACAGAAGAACAGUUGGAAUCGUUUACCAAGUGGCUUUUACAGUUGGGCUCCUUGCACUUGCUGCUAUUGCCUAUGCCAUUCCUCACUGGAGGUGGCUGCAACUCGCGGUGACUCUGCCGAACUUCUUUUUCUUGCUCUAUUUCUGGUGUCUUCCAGAGUCCCCAAGAUGGUUGAUAGCCCAGCAGGAAAAUGACAAAGCCCUGAAGAUCAUUAAACGCAUUGCCAAAGGAAACAGGAAGAAACUGCCUCCUUCUAUGGAGAAUUUCCAGGCUGAAGAAGAGGUGGGUGACAAGCUACGUCCUUCCUUUCUAGACCUGGUGAAAACAACUCAGAUAAGAAAACACACGCUCAUCUUAAUGUACACUUGGUUCACAAGUUCGGUACUAUAUCAGGGCCUCAUCAUGCACAUGGGAAUUGCUGGCGGCAACAUUUAUCUCGACUUUUUUUACUCUGCUCUUGUUGAAUUUCCAGCUGCCAUCAUCCUCAUCCUUACAGUGGACCGCAUAGGCCGUCGCUAUCCUUGGUCUGCAGCAACACUGAUGGCAGGCACCACCUGCCUCAUUACAGCCCUAGUCCCAGAAGAUCUUUAUUGGAUUAAAAUGACAGCUGCUUGCUUAGGCAGGAUGGGCAUUACAAUGUGCUAUGAAAUGGUUUGCUUAGUCAAUGCAGAAUUAUACCCUACAUUCCUCAGGAAUCUGGGAGUCCUUGUCUGCUCUUCCAUGUGUGAUAUUGGUGGGAUCAUAACGCCAUUCAUUGUCUACAGGCUGGCAGAUGUCUGGCAUGAGCUUCCACUUGUGGUUUUUGCUGUUAUUGGCCUCAUCGAUGGUGGUUUGAUUCUGCUGUUACCUGAAACCAAAGGAAAAGCUUUACCUGAGACAAUUGAGGAUGUUGAAAAUAUGCACAGGCAAGAAAGUCCAAAACAGAAUAUGAUUUAUCUUCAGGUUCGAACUUCAGAUGCGACUUCUCAUUAAGAUCAGUGGCAUUCUCCAAGAUUUUUUCCUUGAUGAUAAAUAAAGGAAAACACAGAAAAGGCGACUAG